AUGCUAGCAAAAAAGAUUGAGUCAAUAAACACAAAGAGGGACCAGUUCAAAACACUAAAAGAGGAUUUUACCUCAAAGAAAAGCAGCGUUUCGAAGAAGACAGCUGGGUUUCACAAGGUCAUCGAUGAUGCCUCAGAGGAUCUCAACUCGGCCUGUGUAAGAGCUCUCUCUGCAGCCGAAAUGUCUCUGGACAAAAUAGUGUCUGAACUGAACGAUCGACUUACUGUAAAAGGACAACAAUGUGUACACCUUAGUUCUUCGCUGUGGCGUUUAGAAGUACGCGGCGCUGGCCUACGUGGUGCAAAGGUAGGCGAGCGCUCCUUCCUCACUGAUAUUUCAUAA